GGGGAGGCUUUACAGACACUCACACUCUCUGCAUGGGAGGAGAGAGCUGGUGGGUUAGAGGACCAGGAUAUCAGCUCAACCUCUAUCCUUUUCCCACUGUCAUCAUCUCGUGGUGAUUUGUGCUUUGGCAUAAAAACAAAAGUCACCUUGUGAGGUGGGGGCUUAUUUCGUUGGAUGACUGGCAUCUUUGCCAAUGAGACAAGCAUUCUGUGAGGAUUUCUGAAAGUGAUUUAAAAGCUAGUUUUCUUCGUGUGAGAGCGGUGAGAGGGCAGCCAUGGCUCAUGCCGCGGCUCACAUUAAGAAGGCCAGGUCCGAGAUGGAUCCACCUCCGGACCUCAAGGCUCUGGAGAAAGCUAAAGAAAGGAGGAGGCGUUCCCGGGAACGGGCUGAACGCAAGCGCAAGUCGGACAGUAAUACCAGUUUCCUGCGAGCAGCGAGAGCAGGAAACAUCGACAAGGUUUUGGAAUAUCUGAAAGGGGGAGUGGACAUCAGCACCUGCAAUCAGAAUGGUCUUAAUGCACUGCACCUGGCAGCCAAGGAGGGCCAUGUGGAUCUGGUCCAGGAGCUGUUGGAGAGAGGAGCCGCAGUGGAUUCAGCCACAAAGAAAGGAAACACAGCACUUCACAUAUCCUCGCUAGCUGGUCAGGCUGAAGUAGUGAAGAUCCUGGUUAAACGUGGAGCUGACAUCAAUUCCCAGUCUCAGAAUGGAUUCACUCCUCUGUACAUGGCCGCCCAGGAGAACCACAUGGAUGUGGUGCGAUAUCUGCUUGAGAAUGGAGGCAACCAGAGCACUGCUACUGAGGAUGGCUUCACCCCUCUGGCCAUCGCCCUCCAGCAGGGCCACAACCAGGUGGUUUCUGUCCUACUGGAGAACGAUACUAAAGGCAAGGUCCGCCUGCCUGCCUUGCACAUUGCUGCCCGUAAGGACGACACCAAGUCAGCCGCCCUGCUCCUGCAGAAUGACCACAAUGCUGAUGUCCAGUCGAAGAUGAUGGUCAAUAGGACUACUGAGAAUGGCAAGAGUGGAUUCACCCCCCUGCAUAUCGCUGCCCACUAUGGCAACGUCAAUGUGGCCACACUCCUGCUGAACCGAGGGGCAGCAGUCGACUUCACAGCAAGGAAUGGGAUUACUCCUCUUCAUGUGGCGUCCAAGCGUGGCAACACUAACAUGGUUGGCCUGUUACUGGACCGUGGCUCUCAGAUUGAUGCUAAAACAAGGGAUGGUCUGACUCCCCUACACUGUGCUGCCCGGAGUGGACAUGAUACAGCUGUGGAGAUCCUGCUGGAGAGAGGUGCACCCUUGCUGGCCAGGACCAAGAAUGGGCUGUCUCCUCUUCACAUGGCGGCACAAGGCGACCACGUCGAAUGUGUCAAACACCUUCUGCAGCACAAGGCUCCUGUUGACGAUGUCACGCUGGACUACUUGACAGCGUUACAUGUGGCAGCUCACUGCGGCCACUACAGAGUCACCAAACUGCUGCUGGACAAGAGGGCCAACCCCAACGCCAGGGCGCUGAACGGCUUCACUCCGCUGCACAUAGCCUGUAAGAAGAACCGAGUGAAAGUGAUGGAGCUGCUGGUAAAAUAUGGAGCCUCUAUCCAGGCCAUUACAGAGUCUGGUUUGACUCCUAUCCACGUAGCAGCCUUCAUGGGUCACCUGAACAUCGUCCUGCUGCUGCUGCAGAACGGCGCCUCGCCUGACGUCAGCAAUAUUCGCGGUGAAACAGCGUUACACAUGGCAGCCAGGGCAGGCCAGGUGGAGGUGGUCCGAUGUCUGCUGAGGAACGGAGCGAUGGUGGACGCCAGGGCACGGGAGGACCAGACUCCCCUCCACAUUGCGUCCCGUCUGGGAAAAACCGAGAUUGUGCAGCUGCUUCUGCAGCACAUGGCCCAUCCUGAUGCUGCCACAACCAACGGCUACACCCCCCUCCACAUCUCGGCCAGGGAGGGUCAGGUGGAGACGGCCUCUGUCCUUCUCGAGGCUGGAGCUUCACACUCACUGGCCACCAAGAAAGGUUUUACUCCCCUGCAUGUGGCCUCCAAGUACGGAAGCCUAGAUGUAGCCAAACUUCUGCUGCAGCGUCAUGCUCCUGCGGAUUAUGCUGGAAAGAAUGGCCUCACCCCGCUCCAUGUCGCAGCACAUUACGAUAACCAGAAGGUGGCGCUCCUGCUUUUGGACAAAGGAGCGUCCCCCCACACCAUGGCCAAGAACGGCUACACUCCGCUCCACAUCGCGGCUAAGAAGAACCAGAUGGACAUCGCCACCGUGCUGCUGCAGUACGGAGCCGAGACCAACAUCCUGACCAAGCAGGGAGUCACCCCACUCCAUCUGGCCUCCCAGGAGGGCCACGCCGACAUGGCAGCCCUGCUUAUGAGCAAGGCAGCCCAGGUCAACAUCCAAACUAAGAGCGGCCUGACUGCCCUCCAUCUGGCAGCCCAGGAGGAUAAAGUGGCUGUUGCCGAGAUCCUAGCCAAAAACGGAGCCAACCUCGACCAGCAGACCAAAUUGGGAUACACCCCGCUAAUUGUAGCCUGUCACUAUGGUAACGCCAAGAUGGUCAACUUCCUGCUUCAGAAUGGAGCCAAUGUCAAUGCCAAGACCAAGAAUGGCUACACUCCUCUUCACCAGGCAGCGCAGCAAGGAAACACACACAUCCUCAACGUGCUGCUGCAAAGCGGUGCCAAGCCCAACGCUAUCACCGUGAAUGGUAACACUGCCCUGGGGAUCGCUCGGAGGCUGGGCUACAUCUCUGUGGUGGAUACGCUGAGGGUGGUCACUGAGGAGAUCAUAACCACCACAACGACGGUGACAGAGAAACACAAGCUAAAUGUGCCAGAGACCAUGACUGAAGUGCUGGAUGUCUCGGAUGAAGAGGCAUUGAAAGCCAUUGAUGAUGAUGAUGAUGAUGUUAUGUCAGACGACCCCAUGGAUGUGGAAGGUGAUGACACGAUGACAGGCGAUGGGGGGGAGUAUCUGAGGGCGGAGGACCUCAGGGAGCUGGGAGAUGACUCCCUGCCAGGACAGUAUCUGGAUGGAAUGAACUACCUCCGCUUCAGCCUUGAAGGGGGACGCACUGACAGUCAAAGGCAAAGUUCCGACAGGUCCUUCACCCCCACUCACCACAGCUACUACUCCCCUAAGCAUGAAGGCCUGAUGGAUGAGAUGCUCGCCAGUCAACAGCUUUCGUCACUUGCCAGAGAGAAUGAGAGGGAUUCGUAUCGUCUGAGUUGGGGCACAGAGAACCUGGACAACGUGGCGUUAUCCUCCAGCCCCAUUCACUCUGGCCAUUCCUCUCCGUGCCCUGAUCAUGGAGACCACAGCAGCUUCCUAGUCAGCUUCAUGGUGGAUGCCAGGGGCGGAGCCAUGCGUGGUUGCCGGCACAACGGCCUACGCAUCAUCAUCCCGCCCAGGAAGUGCAGCGCGCCCACACGGGUGACGUGCCGGCUGGUGAAGAGGCACCGUCUGGCCACCAUGCCCCCGAUGGUUGAGGGCGAGGGCCUGGCAAGCAGGAUCAUCGAGGUGGGGCCUUCUGGAGCCCAGUUCCUCGGUAAACUCCACCUCCCUACUGCCCCUCCACCUCUUAAUGAGGGAGAGAGUUUGGUUAGCAGAAUCCUCCAGCUCGGCCCGCCGGGAACAAAAUUCCUUGGUCCUGUGAUUGUGGAGAUCCCACACUUUGCUGCCCUGCGGGGAAAAGAGAGGGAGCUGGUGAUUCUGAGGAGUGAGGGUGGAGAGAGCUGGAAGGAGCAUCACUGUGAACACACCCAAGAAGAACUCAACCAGAUACUCAACGGCAUGGACGAGGAGCUGGACACGCCAGAGGAGCUGGAGAGGAAGCGCAUUUGCCGUAUCAUCACUAGAGAUUUCCCACAAUACUUUGCGGUGGUGUCCCGCAUCAAGCAAGACAGUAAUCUGAUUGGUCCUGAAGGAGGCAUCCUGAGCAGCACUGUUGUGCUUCAAGUACAGGCAGUUUUUCCUGAGGGGGCCCUCACCAAGAGGAUAAGGGUUGGACUGCAGGCCCAGCCAGUGAGUGUGGAUGUAGUGAGGAACAUCCUGGGGAACAAGGCCACCUUCAGCCCCAUUGUCACCCUGGAGCCCCGAAGGAGGAAGUUCCAUAAACCCAUCACCAUGACCAUCCCUGUCCCGAAGAGCAACUCAGACCUGGUCCUCAAUGGCUUUGGAGUGGACACUCCCACCCUACGACUGCUCUGUAGUAUCACCGGCGGAACGACGCCUGCUCAAUGGGAGGACAUAACAGGAACCACUCCGUUAACAUUCAUCAAUGACUGUGUCUCCUUCACUACCAAUGUGUCUGCAAGAUUCUGGCUGAUAGACUGUCGACAAGUCCAGGAAUCUGUCAAUUUCUCCACUCAGGUGUACCGCGAAAUCAUCUGUGUCCCUUACAUGGCCAAGUUUGUCAUCUUUGCCAAGACCCACGAUCCCAUUGAGGCCCGACUACGGUGCUUCUGCAUGACAGACGACAAGAUUGACAAAACCCUGGAGCAGCAGGAGAACUUCUCCGAGGUGGCCCGCAGCCGAGAUGUUGAGGUCCUGGAAGGCAAACCUAUCUAUGCAGAUUGCUUUGGAAAUCUUGUUCCACUCACCAAAAGUGGCCAGCACAAUCUCUUCAGCUUCUUUGCCUUUAAGGAGAACAGACUAGCAAUUUUCAUCAAAAUCAGAGACAACACUCAGGAGCCCUGUGGCCGUCUGUCCUUUAUGAAAGAACCCAGAAACUACAGGUCACUCACACAAAAUGCCAUAUGCAACCUCAACAUCACCCUCCCAUCAUACUAUAAGGAAUCCGAUUCAGACCAAGAGCAAGAGGAAGAGACCAGCAGAACGCCAGAGAAAUAUUGGGCAUUUGGAGAAAGAGUUAAACACUGCCAUCUACAUGAAGAGACACCGACAUCUGUCCUGAAAUCAGACCUGAUUCCAGAGCCAGACCUCCUAUCCGACGUGUCAGAGAUGAAACAAGAUUUGAUCAAAAUGACUGCCAUCUUGACUGCAGACUCCAUAGAGAAAUCCCCUUCCUUAGGAAGGUGUGGUCUAGAGAAAGGGACCGAGGAUGUGUCUGGAGAGCCAUUAGAAAUAAUGGAGAAGGACUUAGAGAAAGUCAAAGAGGACCUAGAGAAAGUCAGUGAGAUACUGAGGAGUGGCACAUUUGAGGGUGAGGCAGCAGAGGAGGCAAUAAAAGCAGCUAGAUUGGCCGAGGAGUGGGUUCUCCUCUCAGACAGUGAAAUAGAGGAGGCCAAAAAGAUGGCUGCCUUACAAACGCAAGAGCCCGUCUUACGUGAAAGUAGAGCUAACAGAGGAACCCCCAGACCUAAAGCAAUAAAGGACAGUGGUGACCUUAAGGAAUACCUCCUGGAUGCACCAGUAAGCUCCAAAAUAAAAGCUAAAAAAGAGCCAGCUGUGCAAGAAAAAUUCACUGAUGUUGUACUACGCAAAAGUGCGAAACCAACUACUCCAACCAAAGGGCAGGACAAGACAGCUGCUGGUGAUGUUAAAAAGCCAGUCAGAAGGAAGGGGAAAGACCAGGGGCGGGCAGAGGAAUCAACAGAGUCAGGUGCUCUGCUGAGUGUGCCUGCCCCAGCAUCACCUGUAUCCCCAGUGGUUGAAGAAACUCCCAUUGGGUCAAUUAAGGACAAAGUCAAAGCCUUACAACAAAAGGUAGAGGCAGAACAAAAGAGCAAAAAGGUAACUGGAAGCAAGCCUUCACAGUUGCCUGUUGUGAGCAAACCCUCUCCAAAGGCCAAAGAAAGCCCUAAAUCAAAACAGGGCCAUCCUAAAUCCCCCAAAGCUGAAUCUGAAAAACUUGAAGAGACAAUGUCAGUUAAAGAGCUGAUGCAAGCAUUCCAAACAGGGCAGGACCCUUCAAAAAGAAAGUCUGGGCUGUUCGAGCUCAAAACAUCCACUACGUCAAGAUCAGAGAAACCCACAAAUUCAGAAACCAUCCAGUCAAAAUCCAUGGCCAAAGCAUUAACCUCACGUGUCUCUCAAGAACGAGAAGUAUCUUUGGAUUCCAAACCUCACAAGAAAGAGACCACUGAGCAAGACAGAGAGAGAGAAACCAAUUCAGUUGCUGUUGCUCAGUCAGAGCUAACUGAAACUGUAGACUUUGGAAAUGGUGGCCUUGAUGAUAGCUCUGACAGCUCAAAACAUGAGGGUGUGGCAGAUUCACUAAGUGCCAGUUCUGGAGAUGGAACUGCUCAUCUGAGCUCUGAGGACAGUUACAAACACGAGGGUCUUGCCACUCCAGACAUCAGCCCAGAGAGUAUGUGUCUUUCACCAAAAACUGGACAGCAGACCUCUACAAGUUCGGCAGCAACUGCCACAACAGUCAAAAAAGAAAGUAAAGAUACAAAGUCUGGAGACUCUGAUGUAGGGACCACUGGUGACCAACUGUCUACAGAUUUGACUCUUCCUGUUUCUUCCAACGAGGCUGCAGAUGAUCACUCUACAAGUGAGUCCAUGUCUGUUAGGAGGAGCGAGUCUAAGCCAACUAAACCUCAAAAGCUUACAAAGAGAAUUUCAGAGACUAUAGAAACUUUUCUUAGUGAUGAUGAGAGCCCUGAUCGUCAGCUAGCAUUGUCUUUAGUUGGUUCUCCAGCCUCUAGAUCCUCUCCUCAGCAUCAUGAAAACUUAGAGCUGCCUUUAAAACAAGACUCCGAUGCUCUCAGUCCAUUAGCUGAUGACUCCUUGACAAUAAGCCAGAGAGACUCUCUAGACGGUAGUCCUCUCAUGGAAGAAAACUCCUCUCAUAAGUCCCCAGAUUCCAUUGAACCUAGCCCAACCAAGGAAUUACCCCCUCAUGACUCCUUAGAGAGUAGCCCUGUAGAGGAAAAAAGACACCUAUGCUUCCCAUCAACUCUAUGUCCACCUAGUAAAUCAUCUAGCCAUCCAGAGCCCUCCAAAGCUACAGAAUUCCCCCACGAUGCGUUGCGUGGUAGGCUGCUUCGAGACCAUGAGGCUAGUGCUGAUGAUGACAGUUGUGAGCAGACAUCUCAGAUGACAAGUUCGGGUAAGAGUCCCCUCUCCCCUGAUACUCCUAGUUCUGAAGAGGUAAGUUAUGAGGUAAACCCCAAACCCCCUGAUCAUACAUUCCUCUCUGUUCCUUCCAAACCGGCUGUCAUCCCUGAAGACCCAGAAGAAGAGGAUAAAUCAGACAGCAAUGAAACUAACAGAAAAAUCACUCCAGAGGAGGAGAUGUUUAAGAUGGCAGCCAAAAUAAAAACAUUUGAUGAGAUGGAACAAGAUGAGAGGAGCAAAAAGAACUCGAGAAAAGAUUUGUUUCCCUCAGCAGGUGCCAAAAUAGGUGAUGACAGCUAUGAAACAAUAGAGCCCACAAGUGAGAAGCUUGCGCAGAGUGAAUGUGGGCUCGAUAGACCCGCUGAAGAUUCAAACUUAGCUCUAUUUGUUGAUCCCUAUAAUAAAGUACAACCUCCCUCUCCUUUUUCAGCAGGUUUGCUUGACGGAUCACACAGCAAUGAGGUCAAGAACACAACAAGAACACCAGCUACUGUCACUUCAGAGGGACCUCACUCUGUCUCAGACCAACAUCAUUCAAAAUCCAAACUGCAAACUGCAGAGGAACCAAUAGCCCUGCCAUCUGUUAAGGCUGAUGAAGACAGUACUGCCAAAAAAACUGCUAUAACAUCAAAUGCUGAAAACAGGACCGAUGAGCAAAAGGAAGAGAGCUUAAGGAAGUCAAGAGACAGCAAUGGAGAUUAUAAGGAGUGUCCAGAGUCAGGUGUUAGCAGGCUACAGACUGGUACAGUAAAACAAGGUGACAAUGUAACAGAUGAAGUUAAAGGAGAUCAACAGGAGCAUACAGAGGCUGAACUUGUACCUGUUGCCACAGGUCAAACAAAGGGAAUUUUAAAACCAGAGGUCUGUGUAUAUGAUGACACAGAAGAGGAUGAUGAGGCUUUGGAACCUCCUAGAACUGAGUCAAAAGGUGUCACUGCAAGGGUAGACACUGACUCAUGGUCUGCCAUGCGGGAGGAUGAUGCUGCUUUUGCAGCUCGUGUAAAAGAGGAGGAACAGAAAAUACUCAAUCUGGUGGUGGACCGUCAGUCUCUGCAAGCAACUCCAGACACAACACCUGGUAGAACACCAACAGAAGAGAGCACUCCUACCAGUGAGCCCAACCCUUUUCUAUUCCAAGAAGGGAAACUCUUUGAGAUGACCCGAAGUGGUGCUAUUGACAUGACUAAGAGGAGCUAUGAGGAAGAGGGGGGUGGUUUUGCCUUUUUCCAGAUAGGUGAACAGCCUUUAGAUGAGCCUCUUUUAGAAGAGGCCAGGCAAGAUGGUAGAAGAUCAGCAGCAGAACCUGAAGUUGGCCUCAAUCUAACACUAGAGGUUAAGACUGAGGAGACUGAGGAUACUGAGAAAUCAAAAGAAGCAAGUGAUUCUCAGCUUCAGUCCCCACCUGAGGGUGAUCAGUCAGCCUCCAAAGCUGAUGCUUCCAAAUCUAAAAUCCCUAAAAUGGGCAUUUCCGCUUCAGCCAAAUCUACAAAGAAAGAUCAGACAUCCCCUGAAGGUCUAGAGAAUAAAACAGACAAAAAUGAGAAUGAAGGAUCCUUAGAUUUAGACAAAAAAUCCUCUGACCAAAUGAUAACAACUGUACAAACAGCAGAAACUACAGUCACUAGAUCAGUUUACUCUGAGCAGGGCCAAGAGUCCUCUGAUUCAUCUCCAGAAGAACCACAGUCAGUGAUAGAAGUGCCCAAAUCAACAGGCAAGUCCAAACAAAGUGCUUCCAGUAGUGUGAAAAAGACUCCAGUCAAAACACAAGCUAAGUCUGCUCCACAAGGUCAGGGUAAAUCCACAAUUUCCUCUCCGUCUCAUGCAACUUCCUCCUCCUCAACCACUCUUAAAAAAGAGGCCUCCUUCAUUUCUGAAUCUAAAUCUAGAAUUCCCAUAAAGGCUAGGCCUGAUUCUACUGUCAAACGUACGGAAUCUACCCAAGACAAAAAACUUAAGGUCCCUGUAAAAAAGGAUUCAAGGAGAAAAUCUGAGACAGAUGCAGGUCCCUCUGUGGAAAGCAAAACCAAGACACCAUCUUCCAAAGCCAAGAGCUUCUGUGAGGGGGAGUCUACCAGGCCACCUGCUAAAAAAGAGCAAGGUCGCCGAUUGAGUGCUGAGUCAGCAAAAUCUAAAGGCUUCCAGUCAAGAUUACCAGUCCGAGGCAAAAGUGGUCAGUCAUCUAAUUCAUUGACACCCACUAAAGAGAAAAGUGAGCCACACAAACAGUCCAUUGAGUUCUUUGAAGAGAUAAGCGAUGAAGCAGCAAAACUUGUGGCAAGGUUGGCACAGGCAGAGACAGAGAAAGAACAAGAGGCUGCCGCCGCCAACUCGGAUGAUGAGAGCAGUCUCAUUGAUCCAUCAAUCAUAGAAAGAGAAACUGAGAUGCAGUUCCCACCCUCAGGAGAUGUCUUUCCCAUUAGACCGCUAUGGGACGACCCUGUUGAGACACAGAUGCAGCGAAUCCCAGAUGAUAAAGUCCAAAGUCAAGUAGAUCCACAGGAUGAAGCAGAGAGAAAAGAGCAACGGUUGGCCAUUAUAGCCGACCACCUUGGCUUCAGCUGGACAGAGUUGGCCCGAGAACUGGACUUCAGUGAGGAGAGGAUCAACCGGAUAAGGAUUGAAAACCCCAACUCACUGCAAGACCAAAGCCAUGCCCUUUUAAAACUCUGGGAAGAGAGGGAGGGAAAGCAUUCCUCAGAAACAACACUGAUCAAAAGACUGACUAAGAUCAACCGAAUGGACAUUGUUCACAUCAUUGAAACCAAGAUAUUCAAGUCUACUCAGGAGGACACAUCAUCGCAUACCUAUGCAGAAAUAGAGCAGACCAUAGCACUGGAUCAUAGUGAAGGUUUCUCUGCCCUUCAUGAAGACAUUGACAGCCCCAGUCCAGUCAGGCGUACAGAGGCCGCACGUAGGAGUCCAGGCUCGGGACAAGAGGUACCCAUGGUGUCAGCAGAGGACCUGUCCUCCAGUUUGUCAUCACUUCACGAGACAAUGGGACGGCCAGAGACAGAUUCCACAGCAAUAGGCCUUCUUAGAAAUGUCCAGAAAGAGAAACUACAAAAAGAGAUGGAGACAACAUACUCAUCACAAAGAGUAUAUGAGGAACUGACAGACACUGUACGCACAGGCAGUUUUAAACAAGAGAUAGCGGAGGAGCUAGGGGUGCUGUCUUCUGAUAGCUCAGAGGAGGAGGUGCUGACCACCAGGGUGGUCCGACGCAGAGUUAUCAUUCAGGCAGAUGACCUACCAGAUAUCCCACCACAGACUGUCACAGAAGAGAAGUACACAGACGAGCAUGGCAACAUGGUAGUUAAGAAGAUCACACGGAAGGUGAUUCGUAAAUACGUGUCAGCGGAUGGCAUGGAGACACAGGAAGUGACCAUCGAGGGCUCUCACCAGGAGACCGUGCAGAUCGAGGAGGGGGACUCUGUCUCCAGAGUGGUGAAGAGAACGGUGCUGCACAGUGAGGGAGACCAAAGAGAGUUGAGCUUCUCGGAGCCGCGGGCCAUGGGCACCGCCGCAGCGUCAGCGUUUGAGGUGGAGCCGGUGCAAGGUCGAAAGGUCAGCAAGGUUGUCAAGACGACGGUGGUGAGAGGCGAGAGGAUGGAGAAGCAGACGGGGGAGCCCUCACUGGCUGCAGAUCUCCCCUCAGCCAGACAGGACUUUGAGAAGGCAUUGAGUUAUGCUGGAGGCUUUGGGAAAGGGCUCCUGCCUCAUGUAGUAGAGAAAGAGAUUGUGCAGGACGACGGUUCUGUGAUUAAAAGAAGCCAGAUGCGUGAGUCGCGAACCCAGAAGAGGACUGUGGUGAGGGACGGCGAGGGGAAGCACGUGCACCUGGAGCGCGUGGACUCGCAGGCCGACGCCCUGCGGCCCGACGCCCUGCAGCAGCAUCUGCACCGACUGCUCCAACGCUACUGCGAGGACGACCAGGAGGACCAGGAGAGCUUUGACUGAGCGUACAUCUUCCACUGGAGCCUUUGGCGACGAACGCUUCCUCAGAUCAACAUGUUCCAGACCCCCCCUUCUUGUUGUCCUCGCCGAUCACCUUUUUUUUAUUGAAUAAUGGAACAGUAUUUUGUGCUUUAACACUCUUCCUUCCUUCCCAUUUUGUGUCAUUUGCUCUUUUUGUGACCAAAGAUUGCAACCUUUUUUUUUGCUUUUAGUUUUUACCCUCUGGCUGCUGUGGUGUGAUUACGAUACGACGCGCCGACGGUGGAUCCUAGUCAAAGAGGGCAUCUUGGACGUUUUCGCCUCACGCACGGGCCUCUUCUCGAAGAACUCUUGUAAACAUUUGUACAUAGAGGUAAUGAAAAAUCCGCUUGGACUAGAGAAAAAAACAAAAAUCCCAAAAAAAUUCAAAGCAUUUAAUACAUUAGCCCACCUAAACGUGCUGUCCAUGCACUGAUUCAGCUGGAGAAUGGCCACCGUACAGAUGAGAUUAAUGUUACGUAGAGAAUACGUUGGGAGGGUUGUGUGUGUAUCACCACGGACUCUUUAUACAGCCAAACGUCACCCUGCUGAUCUGUUUACAAAGGCUGUGUGAUCACACCUUUUUUCUCCCCAUCAUGCAUCUGACCUUUUUGUGUGCGUCCGUCUUAUUAAUGUGUUUUGUGCAUUCACAUUGUAUCUGUCACAGAGCUGCCACUUGUGUGUGUGUGUGUGUGUGUGUGUGUAUAUACCGUGUGUCUACUGAGAAAGGAAGUAGUGAUGAGGAAUGUUUUGCUGCAGAUGGAGCACUGACCCCCCCGUCCUCCCGUAGCUCCUGUCGUCUGUGUUUCAGCCUCCACCUUCACACGCUGCUUCCAACGCUGCAGCCGGGCUCUUUUAACGUCCUCCAUCGAGGCUUUUAAAGGAUAAGGCUGGCUACAUUUUUCCCUUUUGUCAACAAAUCUCAAGUGCAGAGCCACCAACAAUGAAUUGACCUACUACCAUAGUGUGUAUCAAUGCCUGAUAGGUCUUAUUUCUCUGUGCCAUAGAGCCCAUUGUUGUUCAAACACCAGACUAUCCUCAGCCAGAAAACUAUUAUUAACUAUUAUCUAUUAACUACUAUAUUCACAUUUGUUGUUAUGGAAGUAAGGUGACAGUGAGUAUCAGAGUGCCAAAUUCUGUGCAAGGAGGCAGGUUGGAGUGGGGAGCACAUGCAAGCCGUAUAUUGAUGUAGCCUAGGCUAUAUGGAGACAGUGACAGCUAGAGAAAGGACUACAGUACAGGAGUUAGUUACACAUCACCAUUAUAUUGUUUAGAUACAACGUUUAAAACGGAUUUUAAAGUCUUGUAAUCUGUUCAAAGCGCGUUAUCGGCACAGAAAUAUGCUCACGUGAAACUUUCAAAAAGUUUUGUGGGAGCACAUGAAACUAAACUUUUUUUUUGUGCUCAUGUCCCCUUAAGGGCUCCGUACGUAGUUGUGUCCUCACUAGUCUUGCAUUGCCAAUGGAGGAAUGUCCGGCUAGUCCACACAGCAUUCUGGGAUGGGAGGAAAACGUGCUCUGGUUUAUUGGCAUUUUUUCAAACCAAUCACAAUCGUCUU